UCCGGGGUGGAGGUUUGGACAUGGAAGCCUUGGAUGCUGCCUGUUUGCUGGAGGGUAUCGGACGCUUCGAUGCGCCUCCCGAAGCGGGGGUUGAGCUGUUUGCACUUGCAGAACCAUUAGCUUGCCCACGCCCUCUUCGCGGAGGACUGGCUUGAUUAUUUCCCCGUGGCGUUCGCUUGUCCUGCUCCAAGUUCACGAGGUUGAUGCGCCCCGAUUUGCGACGGCCAUCCUCUGCUAUCAACCUGGUUGGCCCUUCGGCCUCAACCUUCUUCCAUGGCGGGGAUUCGACCUUGGGCUUCCUGAUGGUAUUAUUUGGGGUCGUAUCUCGGACUCGUCGACGCUUGGCAGGUGGCCCAUCAUCGGUGGAGGGGGUGUCGUGGGCAUGGUCGAUGCCGUUGCUUUUGGGAGCCUGGUUGAUGGCAUUUUGUUUCAUCUGAUCGAGCUUGGCCAGGACCUGUUCAUCAUCCUCGAAUUCACUAAUUUCGCUGGAUGAAUCCUUCGUCUCUGGCGGUUCGAGGUCGAGGUCGACGGGCUCGGGAUGGGUGGUGCAUGAUGGUUCGUCAUGGUGGUGGCCAUUGGUGUCGCCGUUAGUGGCAGGCGGAAGAGCGUGUGUUGGGCUCGGCGACGCGAUCUCUGUCAUAGUAACAAGGGACAGCGGGAGGCAAAGAAAGCCGAGAGCUCGACGAAACUGGCAUCUGGCAGGCCGAAAAACAGGUCAGGCGAACGGGACGGUCGCGGGGAAUCUUGUGUCGAAAUUUCAGCAUGUCCAGGCCGCUGUGGUGGUUGCUGCGACGUGAAUAGUGUCGAAAAAGCCCGUCGUCAGCAAAACUUUUGAGAGCCGACAAAAAAUUCCAACUCAUGACCAAGCUUGAUUGAAAGGCGAUUGCCGCGGCCGCCCAGUGCGAGAACGCGCCGUGCGCUUGGCUUGGCCUCUGCUCUGCUUCUUUUUGGUGGGCUGCGCGCAUUGUUGCCUGAGGUGUCCACUUUGUGACCUCUGAACAGCAACAUCCAGCCAAUCACAGCUCUCACAGCUCCAACCACGACGAGGCCAAACCUCUGGGGGAGAGCUUCGAAACUCAAUCGUCAUCAAUCAGCCCUCACCUCACACUAUCGCAUUGCGGCACCCCCAACGCCACGAUGCUGUCCAGUCGAAUUGUGCGGGCAGCGCCCCUCCGGACUGCCGCCCUUGCGGUUCGCCGACUCCCCCUCAUUCAGACCCGAACUUUCCUCCCCGAGUCCAUGGUCGGCCGCGCCAAGCUUGACGAGAAGUACCCCGACUCCGACUACCCCAAGCUGACUGCGGCUGAGGAUCCCGAAAUGAACGGCGGUUAUAUCAACCCUCCCCGUGUCAAGCGCCAAUUCCGUGACCCUCACGCCGACUGGUGGGACAAACAGGAGCGCAGAAACUUGGGCGAGCCGGUUCACGAAGACAACGAUAUUCUGGGCAUAUUCUCCACCUACGAGUACACAUGGAUCAGCCCUGGCAAGGGUCUGGCCCAGGUUGGCGCCUUCAUUGUGGUCUUCCUCGGCGUUGUCUUCACCGUCAAGCAGGUUUACCCAGACCGUGUCAGCUACCCCAGAGAGUUUGAGGGUGGUUUGGUCAGGGAACUGGGUGGAGAGGGUGGUAUCCGCGCCAGAAUGGAAGGUGAUGAGGACCCCUGA